AUGAUCAUACGUUCAGAUAUUGGUACUUCUUUCGUUAAUCAAACUGUCAUAUAUCUGUUGGAUCAAUACGGAAUCAAGUUCCACACCUCGACUGUCUACUACCCGCAGGGGAAUGGACAGGCUGAAGCUACCAACAAAAAACUAUUAAAAAUAUUAAGCCGAAUGGUAUAUGAUCAUGAUAGGAUCUGGCACGAACAGUUACCGCUUGCACUCUGGGCAUACCGUAUCUCCAGAAGAAGUUCUACAGGCGCGUCACCUUAUUCCCUUGUGUAUGGAGAGGAUGAAAUACUACCAGCGGAAAUUUCUAUACCAUCUGCGCGUGUAGCCAUGGCUAGUCUCACUACUCCGGAUGAUGUCAGUCGAUUUGCGCACCUGGAUACCAUAGAAGAACGACGGGCCAAGGCUGAGCGGCUCUCAGAUAAGUACAGACAGCAGACAACAAGAUACUAUAACCAGAAGGUAAAAGAACGAAUCUUCAGCGUGAAUGAUGUAGUGAUGAAAAUUGCACCGCACGUCCAACAUAAUGAGAAAGCAUGA